AUGUCCCUUGCCAUCCACAUACUGGCUUGUGUAUUCGGCACAGGCUCAUGGGUUGCCAUCAAUGGCCUUUGGGUGGAGCUUCCGCUUAUUGUGAAUGUUUUGCCUGAAGGAUGGGACUUGCCCUCUUAUCUCACUGUCAUCAUUCAACUAGCUAACGUAGGACCCCUGUUUGUCACUCUCAUGCACAAGUUUGCUCCAGGGAAGAUGAAGGAGAUUGUUGCUAUCUAUGUUAUUAUCAGCAUCGGGAUCUUGGCCAGCUUGCUGAUGGUGUUCUUCUGGAAGGAAACUACGUUGCUGGUGGGCACACCUCACAGUACAGCCUUUCUGACACUCACCUUCUUCUUGUCACUAGUGGACUGCACAUCCUCCGUGACCUUCCUUCCCUUCAUGAUGAGACUCCCGACCAAGUACAUGACCACCUACUUCAUUGGAGAGGGUCUGAGUGGCUUCAUUCCUGGCCUUGUGGCACUGGGUCAAGGUUCUGGGAUGAUCAAGUGUGUGAACACUUCAAAGCCAGUCAACGUGACCACUGGUAACUUCACAGAGGGGACAAUUGUUCACCAGAUUGAAACUCAUUACUUGUCUGCCAACUUCUCCACAGAGACAUUCCUGGCUUUCCUCACGGUUAUGAUGAUUUUCUGCUUGCUGGCCUUCAUUUUCCUCACACGGGUUCCUCACAAGAUGUUUCGUGAAGUGCAAGUGUCGAAUGAAGUGUUGCAUGUCUCAACCACUGAACUAGAACUGAAUAAAUACAUCCCUGAGCAAUCAGCAGAUACACAGAGCUUCAGUCUUCACGAUCCGAGGAAGGCAAUGGACAAAGCUAAGCUUGCGUCCGAAGCACAAAGUGUGUUGGUCAGUACAUUCUCUAAGUAUUCCAAGCAGCAGCUUCUCUUCAUUUAUCUUCUUGUUGUCUGGGUGAAUUCAUUGACCAACGGUUUCCUACCAUCAGUGCAGACGUAUUCAUGCCUACCCUAUGGAAACAUUGCUUACCACUUGUCUGCUGCUCUGGGUUCCAUGGCCAAUCCUGGUGCCUGCGUUAUUGCUCUGUUUGUACCCAACAGAUCCUUGGUGCUGCUGGGAUUCCUGUCUCUGGUCGGCACAGUGUUUGGUGCCUAUAACAUGGCAAUGGCUGCCCUGAGCCCAUGUCCUCUGUUACAACACUCUGAGGUUGGAGCCAUCUUGAUUGUUCUUUCGUGGAUUUUGUUUUCUGGCACCUUGUCAUAUGUCAAGGUGAUGAUUGGAGUCAUUUUUCGUGAUGAGAGUCACAGCGCCUUGGUGUGGUGUGGAGCAGCAGUGCAACUAGGAUCAAUGAUUGGAGCAUUGAGUAUGUUCCCACUUGUAAAUGUGUAUGACAUUUUCACUGCAGGGGGCAGCUGUAACAUGAAUUGCCCCCUCUAAACCCUCCCCAAAAGAAAUUAAUAUGGGGAUUUAAAAAAAGGCAACAAGGAA